AUGAAGUUUCUUCCUCUUCCCGAUUUCGAAGAUGUCACCAGUUCGAUGAAUUUCGACACGGCUGACUGCCAUAUCGCCGGUGGCUGUGAUCUGUACACGACCAAGGCUGCCCGAUCCGACCGGAAGCUCUACAACCACAUCGAACAGUCACUUGAGGCCCAAUAUGAAUCAGUACUUCGUUUGUCGGCAUCGCUCUCGCCUCCCAAUGCCCACGAGGCCGCCGAAUCCUUGAAUCUGUCGCGAUCGAGUCCGUUCGGCCCCCUGAGUGAACACUCCAGUCGCCGGACAUUCGCCUACCUGAUCGCUACCCUCAACGCCAGUCAUCCUGACUAUGACUUUUCGCAUGUUCUCCGACCGACCGAUUUUCGCCGCGAGCGCUUUCUGAAGCGCGUGAUGAAUACCGUCAACUCUACGCUGUACAACCUGCGCCCGCGCGAGUCAAUCGAUCUGUCCCCUUCCUCUCCGGCCACUCUCUCCGGGUCAUAUAAUGCGGCUGCACCGGCAUGGGGCCCCCGCAUGUGGAGGAUAGUUGAUGAACACAUGUCAUUGAAGGAAUGUGCCGUCUACUCCUACUCGCCGGAGGAAGAUCCGUCUGACGCCGACGACGGUGCCAUCUGGAGCUUGCACUACUUCUUCUUCAACCCCCUGCGCAAGCGCGUCUGCUAUCUCUACCUGCGGGCAAUCCCUAUUCUCAGCCACACCCCGUCGGAUGAGAUCGCCCUGACACCGACUGGCAAGCGGACUUUCGACGACGGAUAUCUGACUCCAGACCUGAGCUCCAGCAAGCGAGCUCGGUACUGGCUCGGAAGCCGCGCAGAAUCAUCGCUUCGCCCGAGCGACGAUAGCGAUGACGAGCUGGCCAAUCAUCAACCUCAACCCUCUCCUCCUACGGCAGAUGACGAGGAUCACUACAUGCUGAGUGACGAGGAGGUCCGCUCGCGGUCCGCUGCCAAGGGGAUGGUCCGCGCGAUGAGUGAGGAGAUUGCGGACCAGAUGGAAGUUUGA